ACUCAACAGUUCAUCAGUCUAUACAUACAAAAAAAAAGAGACUUCCAAAAUCAACUCCCCCACACACAAAUAGAGAAAGAUAUUUUGGAAAGGCAUAGUUCUUGAUUGGGGUUUUCUUCUACCUUUGGAAAAGAAAAAAAAAGCUGCUGUAAAAGGGGUUAUCUGUACUUGUUUCCCUUUUGUUGUGUUGAUUUUUUUUUUUUUGCUCAGCUUCAAGGUUAUAUCAGAUUCUUGUUCCUUCUUGCAGAAGAGAACGAAAUCAGUUGAGCAAAUCAUCUUCUGUCACGUAAAGUUGUAAACUUUCUGCUUGAAGGCUAAAGAUCAGUAGAUUGAUUCUGGUCUAGAAUAAUCGGGAAAAAAGAAAUUAUGGGUUAUAUAUGUGAAUACUGUGGAGAGCAAAGAUCAAUUGUAUAUUGCCGGUCUGAUGCAGCUUGCUUAUGUUUGUCGUGUGAUCGAAAUGUCCAUUCUGCAAAUGCCCUUUCGCAACGUCAUUCCAGGACGCUUAUAUGUGAAAGAUGUAAUUCACAACCAGCUGUUGUUAGAUGUGUUGAGGAGAGAACAUCUCUUUGCCAGAACUGUGAUUGGUCAGGUCAUGCUAGUUCUAGUUCAGGUUCAUCAAUGCACAAGAGGCAAGCACUUAGUUGUUAUACGGGAUGUCCUUCCGCUGCUGAACUUUCUAAUAUCUGGUCAUUUCUAUUAGAUGACCCUUCAAUUGGUGAUACUUGUGAACAGAGAAUGGGUUCAAUGAGCAUCAAUGAUAACCUCCUUAGGGAUGGUCAAGGUCCUCAAGGGAAGGACAACUCACUAAAUGAAUGUGCGGCAGUCGAAGAGAAUGACAUGAAUAUUUCAGACAAAUCGAACUUUUUAAUGGAAUCGUCUAUGCCUACUUUUGACAACAAACUGCAUAAUGUGGAACCGCCAAUUGGAUCUUCGUCGAAGGGUUGCUAUAUGGAAGCAAAAGGCUCUAGUUUAUUUGAGGAGGAUCCUUAUUGUGAUAAUCUCAUUAUGGAUGCGGUGGACUUGAGUAUUGAGAAUUAUGAAGAGCUAUUUGGUGAUUCUCUCAAUUAUCCGGAUGAGCUAUUUGAGAAUGAAAAUCUUGAUUGCUUCUUUGGAAUGAAGGACAUAAAAGGUGCCGACUCCAGCUGCCGGGGUGCCAAUGCUGCCGAGGGAUCAUCAAUUGCGUGGGUAAAUACAGUGCAGCCAACAUGUAGCGAUGCAGCAUCUGCAGAUUCCAUGAUGAGCUGCAAGACGGAUUCUAUCCUUUACUUUGCUAGACAAUCUAGCCUCUCAGUUUCCAACCAAACUGGUGGAGAAUGCAGUGCUGGAGAUCACCAAGAAUGUGGAGUCUCCCCGAUGCUCCUGAUGGGCGAGCCACCAUGGUGUCCUCCAUGUCCUGAAAUUUCAUCGCCAUCGAUUAGCAGGAGCAAUGCUGUGUUGCGCUACAAGGAAAAAAAGAAGACAAGGAAAUUUGACAAGCGAGUGAGAUAUGUUUCCCGCAAGGCAAGAGCUGACGUCAGAAGGCGUGUGAAGGGACGGUUUAUUAAGGCUGGUGAUGCUUACGACUAUGAUCCUCUCCCGACCAGAAGCUAUUGAUGGGGAUCACGACGUUUCUGAGCAACGAAGCUCAAAGCAUAUACAUUGUGCCUCAUUUUUAUCAACUAAAGAAUUCUGCAGAGAAGCUAGAUUUUGCCAUUUCUGGAGCCACACAAUCACCCUUCUUUCAGGAGAGUGAUUAAGAUUCACCACGAGUAUGCUGGGACUUUCUGAGCUUCUGUUCUUGCAACUCUUAACUAGGUGACUGACGAACUUAGCUGCACGUGAACUUAGGUCCGGAGAUUGUGAAUUCCUCGGCUAUUAUGUUAACAUAUCAUGUAUAUUAUGGUCAGUGUGUAGAAUUUAAAUGCUAUAAUGAGUUAUCGAGAUAGACGAAAGCUUGCUCUUGUAAACUAGUUCAUUUAUGUUGCAAGAUAAAAUGGUGAUAUUUACACCAGGUGGCCACUUUUGUCGCCUUGUAUUUAAAAGUUAGCCACUUUUUUCAUAAUUAGACCUGUGGUUUGAAUAGUAGUUUUGGAUUUUAAACUUCAGACCACUGGUCUAAUUUCAAAAAAAAAUGCCAUCUUCUAUGUACAAGGCCUUAAAAUGGCUAUUUGCGUAAAUCGACCGAUAAAAUAUGUAGCAGUUAGAGUCUUGAGAAGUUUAAUAUUAUUAUCACUCUGUAAUAACACAAAUUGUGGUUUUUGGAACUGUGGGCAUCACAUUGGAAUGUAUAUUAUCAUUUUAUUGUCUCUUCA